GUUCAGUCAGCAGAAAAUUUAAAGGACUUUGUGUUUUUUUGAGUUUUUUUACAGGAGGAUGAAGACGUUGCCUAUGUUCCUGUUCUUCAUAAAUGUUUCCCAGCAUGUGAAGGCUGUGGUGGUGGAGGUGAAUGAGGGGGAAAGAUCUGUCCUGCUACCCUGUCAGUACUCAGGAUUCAUACCUGAUGAUGACCCCACAGUGAUGUGGACUCGCUCUGAUCUGCAUCCCAAAUCUGUCCACCUACAUCGAGAAGGAGGAGAUGAUCUUAGAGGACAAAACCAGCGUUACAGCGGGCGCACAUCAAUGAAGCCUGAUGCUCUGGACACUGGAGACUUCAGCCUCACUCUGAGAAAACCAACAAAGACUGACAGCGGCAACUACACCUGCUCCAUCAGUGAUGGGCGAGAAGAACGGAGACUGACAGAUAUACAGCUGCAGGUCAAAGAGCACCAGGUGGAGGUGAAAGUCAUUGAAGGCUCAGACUCUGUCAUCCUGCCCUGCAAAACGACACCUGACCUGCCUGAGGACACCACAGUGGAGUGGAAGCGCUCUGACCCUGAACUGAUGGUGGUCCAUGUGUAUCCAAAAAGACGUGACCACCUUAAUGACCAGGACGGUCUUUACAGAGAUCGAAUGCAGUUGAAUGAAGACCUGCUAAGAACUGGAGACCUCAGUCUGACCCUGAAACACCCCACAGAGAGAGACAGUGGAGGAUACAUCUGGUUAGCUCAGACUCCGGCUUUAGCUCACCAAACAGCGGUCCUCAGGCUGGCGAGAAAUCUGGCACAGGGAGGAAGAACAGUUUACAAGGUGGAGGUGGAUUCAGGGGUGGAGUCUGUCCAGCUGAUCUGCAAAACCACACUUCACCUCCCUAAAGAUGCUAAAGUGGAGUGGAUGGACGGAUACAACAGGAAGGUCCACGUAAUACCUGAGCUGAUGUUUAUCAAACUUCCGAGAGAAGUAACUCACAGGAUGGUCAAUGCCCUGGGUAUCCUCCUGGAGAAGCACCGCUCCGGCCCCAACUGCGCUGGCAUCUAUUUCCAGUUUGAAUGGUAA